UAGCUCCACCCUUAUCAUGACUAAGAGCAAAUGGGUGGAGUUGCUCUUAUAAUCUUACAGCCGUCAUCUGUCCACUUGGAUUGAGGACCUUAACCAAAUCCUGUCCCGACUCGCAACCAAGAGCGCCUAAUUCUAACGGAAAAAACCGCAAAGCACGAGCCGCGAAAUAUGUUCAGUCACAGUAGAGCAAGCGCGAGCGAGCUCAUAAACAGGGCAAAGGAGGCAGUGACGCUCAUCACCCAGCCGCGCACGUUAGCUUCUCCUCCCCUUUUCACCUCGCGCCCCGCUAACGAACACCUUGCGUCCCAAUCUCACCGCUCCUUCGCCACCAUGAACCGGAACGACGACCCAAUCGAAGCUCUAUUCCAGCAGAAGCGCUCGCUCCGGUCCAGAAUGCGCAAAGAGCUCAGAAACAUGGACCCGGUUCGAAGAUCCGAAGAAGAUGCUGCAAUUCAGAGCAUUGUUGUAAAUAAUCCCUGGUUCAAAUCUAGCAAGAGUGUAUGUGCUUACAUUAGCUCCCCUGCUUUACGAGAAGUCGAUACGACAAGAAUUGUUUCAGAAAUUUUAUCCAAACCAGCCAAUGGGAGUGAUGUGCCGAACAGGAAAAAGCUUUAUGUUCCUCGUGUAGAGGAUAGGAAUAGCAAUAUGAGAAUGCUCAGGAUUUCCAGUGUUGAUGAUUUGAUUGUGAACUCAAUGAACAUUUUGGAACCAGCUCUUUCAGAUUCUGAGGGGAAGCAGCAUGAAGAUGAGGACCUGAAGGACCUAUUUGUUACAGUUAUGGAGGCAAGGGAUCCAGUUGACUUGUUCAUCCUACCUGGUGAUAUUUUUAACCCUGCUCAUAAUUAUUUAUAUUGUAUAGUUUUAUGUUGUCUCACUUCAAUCUUUAUUCUAGGGCUUGCAUUUGACAGAUGUGGAAGGCGUUUAGGCCGUAGUGGAGGCUACUAUGAUUUGUUCCUAAAGAAGUACCAAGAGCUUACAAAGGAACGAAAAUGGAAGGAGCCCCUUCGUGUUGCACUUUCAUAUUCUAUACAGAUCGUGGAGGAAGGAGCCAUAGCUGUCACUUCAAAUGAUGUUUCUGUGGAUGCUCUUGUAUCUCCAGCCGGUGUCAUUCCGAUAAGCCCUGCUGCUUGGGAGAGGAGCAUGGGUUAAACCUGGUACGGUUCAUCACAGUUGAUCAAUUUGUGUUUUGAAGAUGGAAUGUACGUAAAGUGGAUAAGAGUGGGAAUAUGGUUAGCUGCUUCAUGUGUCUUGGAAGAUAAUCUUGUCAACUACUAAGAACAAGCAAGGGGAUAUAGCCACCUUACUGCAGUCCUGUCUCAUUGCUAAUUGACUAAAUUUGGAGGUGCAUAAGGUAUAAGAACCUUGUUUUUGCUAGAUUAGUGCCCCUUGUAAUUUCUGAAUAUUUUGUUACAGAAGGAACACUAGAAGCAGGAUUUGUAUAUGUAUCUUUAACCAAGUUGUAUACUACUUUUAAGUAGCUUGAUAAAACUAACCAGCAUUUCCAAAA